AUGGUGACGGUUGCAAGAUACUGGAAUGUCACAAUCAUCGUGCCGUACAUGGAUAAAACUUCAUUUUGGGUUGCCCAUGAUUUUCGAGAUAUAUUUGAUGUAGACUACUUCAUAGCAUCAUUGAGAGGCGUCUGGUUCAAAUUCUUCGUCGGAAUGGACCCUUUUGUGGUUCUCCACUUGCGGUAUGAGAUGGACAUACUUGCCUUCUCUGGGUGUACACAUGGUAGCAGGAAAUAUGAGGCUGAGGAGGUCAGAAGGAUGAGAUAUUGCAAUUCUGGCAAGUGGAUCUGCACAAACGAGUAUGUGUUUGACUGUGCAGGUGAUGAGGGAGCUGAAGCUGCCGGACGGCGUCGAUCUUGCAGAGGUCAUCACAAUCCUUGUUCCAAAUAG